GGGAUGGGACCGAGGCUCCCUGUGGAAGAAAAACACAGGGGGGAGAGGGAGAGAAGCGAUGUUGCCAUCAAAAAAAGGAGGCAUGUGCUGAUUCCGGCACCGGGGUGCCGCCCAUGCUCUCCACAAGCCAAUGGGAGAACGCCCACCCACCGGAGCCAAGCGCCAGGAUUCAGAGAUCUCGCGACUCGCCCUGCAUGAGUGUGUGGGGGUGCGGGCUGUGGUACGGCGGCAGUGCUAUGACAGAGGAAAUAGAAUAUGCACAGCUGAAUUUUCACAAAUCUCAUGGACUAGAAAAUGUCCAUGAACUUCAUACUGUUGAAGUGAAAGAGCCAUUGAAACCAAAAGAGUUGCAGUGCAAAGAACCCUUUCAGGAUAUUCCCACAUCAUCCUUUAGAUGGCGCAUUUGUGCAUUGGUUGCAUUAAUUCUGUGUUUACUGUUACUGGUAGGCCUGCUAGUGCUGGGUAUUAAGUUUAUCCAGGUUACCAUGGACUUGCAGGUACAGCACAGAGACCUCCAGUUGGCUUGGGAAGAUCUGAAAAUGAAUUCAUCAAGGAAAAUCUUACACAUUAAAGCAAAUUUGUGCCUGGAAGGAGAGAAAGUGGACACAAACAGUGAUCUGAAGUGCACACUCUGUCCCACCAGUUGGCAUUUAUUUGGUGCCACAUGCUACUAUAUUUCAACAGGCAAGAAGACUUGGCAGGAAAGUAAGAAUUUUUGUUCCUCAUGGAAUUCCACCCUUUUGAUCCCUCAAGAGAAGAGCAGAAACUGGGUACAGAACACUUUCCAACAAACAAAUUUUUGGAUUGGAAUAUAUAAGGACAGAAGUGGCCAAUGGUUUGGGACUAAUGAAGUACCUUGCAGUAAAAAGUACCUUUCAAUGUCAUGGUUUUACCUCAGAAAUGUCAGGAAUCAGGAGGAAUGUGCCUACCUGUCCUCUUGGUAUGUCUAUAGCGAAACAGGAUGUCAUUCGGAAACGAUCCAUCACUGGAUAUGUGAGAAGGCAGCCUAUGAGUUGACUUAAGAAGAAGGUCUGACUAACAGGAUGUUUGCUUAUUAAGAAGCAAUAGUUUGUUGUUUGUUGUUGUUAGGAAAACUCUGCUGAAUUGGCUUCCCUGUUGAAAGGAGGGGAUUGCAUGAACCAUUCUAUCUAUAAUUUCGUUUAAAAUCUAAAACUUACUGUAAAUUAUAUUUAAAUGUUGUGCCUCACUGCAGGCUCCUUCAGAAAUGCAAAACAGAUAAAUAUUGUAAAAGAGUAA